UAUCGGCAGGAAUACCUCGACGAGCUUUUGCGUCGGGAGGGCCGAUCAUUUGGGUGUGGGCGGAAGACAUGUCAGAAGUGUGGUUCCGAGAGCAAGCUGUACCGAUGCAGGGAUUGCAGUGGAACGGGGAUGUAUUGUGCUGGGUGCACAGUAGCGGCUCAUGCGGUCGCCCCUCUUCAUAUUGUUGAGGAAUGGACGGGGGCUUUUUUCCAAAAAACACGGCUAUCCGCCUUGGGCCUUAGAAUCUCCCUCGGUCACGACGUCGGUUGUUCCUGCUCGCUGCUCCAGCCUGGAACGAAGAAUUUUAUCGUCAUCCAUACCAACGGCAUCCAUCAAGUUUCAGUCGAUUUCUGUGGAUGCCCUCAAUGUCCCGAGCGUUGGCGGCAGCUCAUACGCUUUGGAUUCUACCCCGCCACACCCAUUGACCCGCAGACCUGCGCCACCAUCGAGGUCAUGCGCCAAUUCCAGGUCCUGAACCUCCAAGGCAAGAUCUCCGUAUUCGAUUUUUAUCAAGGGCUCGUCCGGCUCACGGAUGGGUACGGGAUCGAACCUUUGCCGGACCGCCGGCCAUCAUUUGCGCUCAUGGUGCAGGAGUGGCGGAAUCUACUCCUGCUGAAGCGUGCUGCUCGCGGCCAUGCCACGUCAGGCGUCGAUGGGACUCGACUAGGCGAGUUGGCGAUUCCCUGUCGAGCCUGUCCCAUACCGGGAGAGAAUGUACCUGCCGAUCUUACUUCGAUACCCACAGAGGACGCUUGGCUUUACCGACUCAUGCUCGCCCACGAUGCAAAUUUCCGGCUGAAAGGAAGGCUGAGGAAGACCGAAGUUAGCGACGUCUCGCUAACUAACGGCCUGGCGUACUUUGUGGAGGAAAGAGCCUAUAAGGAAUACCUCGCAUCCGCUGGUGACGGAGGCGGCGAGAUCAGCAACUGUGUUUCCUUCCACGCAAUGACCAGCGCCAACAACAAGGGGGCAAGCAACCUAGCCAGCACGGGCGUCGGAGGGGUUUGCUGCGGCCGGCACGAGGUCGUAAGGCCUAAUGGCAUUGGCGAUCUCCAAAAGGGUGAACGCUACGCUAACAUGGAUUACAUAUUUCUUGCCAGCAUCAUUGGCAUCGCGAUCCUCACGCUCAUCGCCUCCUACGACAUUGGGUGCCAGUGGAGCGUGCACUUCUUUUCGCGGGUUGCAUCCAUGCCCGAUUACCUUCAGCUUUCCCCAACCCUCAUCAACAUCUACUUCGUCGUCCCCGCCUUCCACCUCGAGGCCCACAUUGACAAGUGCAAGCCCCUGUUUUCUCCUCGAUACCUUCGUGGGCUUGCGCAGACAGAGUUCGAAGCCAUCAAAAGAAUCUGGGCCAUCCUCAAGGGGGCGGCAGCUAGCCUGAAGGAGAUGCGCCCUGGGCACCGUCGAGAUACACUGGACGACUUCUGUGGAUAUGCCAACUGGACGAAAACUACUAGGCUCGGCGCAAGUCUCUUGAAGAAGAUGGUGGGUGCGAUACCUUCUUGCAUCACACACCGUCGUGCCCUCGAAGGAUUCGAGGAGAACAUCCGGAAGGCGUCACCUGAGACACUCGAAGGCUGGGUGCAGAUGUACGAGGCCUGGCUGGUUUCUCAGGACAAAUCGAAGAACUGCCCAUUUGUGGCACCCCGAAACGAGCUCACUAUUGGUGAAGUACGCCUUCGGCUUGCUCAGGAAGAGCAUGAGCGAGGGGUAUCUGCUGUUCGCGGGCGUGACGACUCUGGCGAGGCCGCCCUUAUCGUGCUCGGCAUGGAAAUCGAGGUGGCACAGGCACAGCUGCAGGUUGACCUGAAGGGUUACACCAGGGCGACUCAUUUACAGCGUGCAGAGCUUGAGGACAGGCGCAACUCCCUCUUCCGACGGAUUCAGAAGUUACGGGAUAUGCAGGAAACCCACAUGCCCGGCCUCCGUAUUAGGCUCGAGCUCUCCGAGGAGGACUUCAAGGGGAAACGCGCAUCCUCGGAAACCAUCCCCCUCCAUCUCCCGUCCAGCUUGCCUCCUGCCCUCCGCUCCGUACUCUGCUCCGGCACCCUCCUCGAUUCCGAACGUCGACUUCGCGAGGCAGAGGCUUUCGAUGCAUUAGAGGGUCUUCGGAAUCAACUUCGUACAAAGACAUUCAUGGGGCGCUUCAAGACUGCAAAUAUAACCGGCCAGCGACAGGGUACCCGUGCUCGGGCUCUUCUAUCAGGUGUCGACGUCCGGAUCUUUCUCUUAAAGCACCGGUACCGCCGUGCGAGGGCGGCGUUGAUGGGUCUUGUGGGUGUUGAGCAAUGGAGGGUGCAGGGGCUUUCAUCUAGACUGCAGGAGUUGAAAGAUGAGGAUGUGAGGGGAUUGGGCGAUGCGGUGUUGAAGGAGGCAGAGAAGGUGUCCGUGGAGUUCGCCCAACAGCAGGCAGACGCGGGUCUCAGAACUCUGCAGACCAUCAGAACGCUCAAGGGACAUUCGCAGGGGUCGAGAACGUUGUCCUGGAUAUGGACAACAGUAUCGAUGGGCGAAGACGGUACGGAUCCUGGGCUUAAUGACGCUUUGAGAGUGGAAUGGGCGAAAGCAAAGGCCCGUGCAGAGCGAUGGACGGAGGAGGUCCAGCUCGUGCAAGAGGAGAUGCGACGCACGAUCGAGUAUUGCAAGUUCAAGGCAGAAUGGUGGAGAUCGCGGUCUGCUCUCCGUCGCGAUGCUUCUCCGGAGCUGGCAGAUGGACUGGCUGCCUAUGCGUUUGAGCAUGCCGAUCUAGAAGAGAGAUUUGCAGCGGAUUUAGAGAGACGGUGGGAU